AUCUUAACAUCACUGUACAACAACUUUUUGGUUAAGAUUAUGACUGGUCCAAUGAACAAUGCAAACUGCGACUAAGACACAAAUUAUGAGUGCAGAGUCAAAGCUUGACUUUUCUGUUAUAAACGCAGGAAUUUUUAUUAAAAUAACGUGAAAUUUAACGAGCAGUGCUGGUGAGGCUGACCGAACCCCUCCCAGAGCAUCGCGCUCCCUCCCUCCGUCUCCACGAGCAGCCAUUUGUUUACCGAUGAAUACAAAGAUGGCGGCUGCCGGCGCGUAAAGUGGAACGCUGCUAAGUGAGGUAGAGACUGCCCGGAUGCCGCUUUGAAUGGGAUCAUGGCAUUUGAGGAGAUAAAGAAGAAAGGCUUGAUCGAGGUAUCAGGUAUGGAGGGGGAUGUGGGUCUGGUAGCAGGACGUAGUCAAAGAGAGAAGAGGAGAUCUUACAAAGACCUGCUCCGAGAGGAGGAAGAGAUCGCCGCUCAGGUGCGCAAGUCUGCCAAGAAACGGCCCAAGGACUCUGAACUGUUUUUACUGGGGGGAGAAUCUCACAAGAAGAAGAAAAAGCACUUUGAUGAAGACUUCUUUUACAGAGACCUCCAAGGAUCUGGCCUCCCAGUGCACAAAAAGAAACGCAAGUCCUCCGACGGCUCCCUGCCUCUGUCCUCCUCCUCUCACCCCCCUCACUCCACAGACACUGCCAUGGGUCUCCUGCAGGCCAUCACCUCCCCGAUGGCCACGGGCUCUGAGCCCAACCCGCACCUGCACAAGAAGCCCUCCUACCCCCCAUCAUCCUCUCAUUCCUCCUCCAAGGAGCGGAGGCGCGAGGGAGGGCAUGGAACCAGCAAGAGCCACUCUUCUUCCCACUCCCGCUCAUUCUCAUCGUCGUCAUCCUCCUCCAAAAAGCACUCCUCUAAAUCGACACUGUAUCUAAGCGGGGGUGGUAAGAGCAGCAACAGCAACGCGGGGGGGGGCGAGCCUCUGACCCUCAGGGAGGCGGAGGGCCUGAAGAUGAAGCUCAUCCUUUCGCCGAAGGAGAAGGGCGAAGGAGGCGCAUCUGAGGGAUUCCCGUUCCCGCCACACUCUUCCUCAUCCUCCUCAGCCUCCUCCAGUGCCAAGAAAGGGAGCUCGAAGAAGGAGAAGGACAGAGAUAGGAUGCUACUGUCCAAGUCCCCCAAGAAGAGGCAGCAGAGCAGGGAUCCCCUUCCUGUGGUGGGGGAGGAAGUGGAGCUGGAAGGGCACUAUGGUGGAGCCCUUGGCUUGAUGGGUGGAGAAACCUCUUCUUCAGGCGGUGAAUUGGAGGCGGGUGAGCUGGUGAUAGAUGACUCAUAUACUCAGCUAACCAAAAAGAAGAAGAAGAGCAAGAAAAGCAAGAAGAAAAAGGAGAAAGAGAGGGAUAGGGAGAAGGAUAAAAGUGGAAGAGAAAAAAAGCACAAUCGAGCGGGCAGUAAAAAAGGUUUGUCAGGAACGUCUCUCCUCCUGUCUUCUGGGGAGGUUUCCCGGAGCCACGCCCAUUCCCAUGGGUCAGCCAAUCACAGCACGGGAGUCGGACUUUAUGCGAUGGCUUCUCCGGUCUCCGCUCACCACCACAGUAGUGAAUCACAGAGCGAGAAGAAGAAGAAAAAGGAGGAUAAAGAUAGGGAAAAGAUGGAGAGGGAAAAAGAAAAGCCCAAGAAGAAAAACAUGACUGCGUACCAGGUGUUCUGUAAGGAGUACAGGGUCAACAUCAAUGCUGAGCAACCAGGACUAGUUUUCGGGGAGUUGAGUAAAAAACUUGCAGAGGUGUGGAAACAAUUGCCUGAAAAAGACAAACAGGUGUGGAGACAGAAAGCUCAGUACCUGCAACACAAGCAGAACAAAGCAGAGGCUACAACAGUGAAGCGCAAGAUCUCGGGCUCCGAAGGCAGCAAAGUCAAAGGCCCACUGAAGGGGACAGCAGGAGGAAGCGGAGGGGGAUCUGUUGUUCUGUCCCCCAGUCGAACCUCCGUGGGGGUGUCCCUGUCUCCGGCACGUGUCCCAGAAGUGGACCCCAUUGACGCUGCCGCUCACCUGCAGUUGCUGGGAGAGUCUCUCUCGCUCAUUGGGCACCGGCUACAGGAGACAGAGGGCAUGGUGGCCGUGUCGGGCAGCCUGUCCGUUUUGCUGGACUCCAUCCUGUGUGCCCUGGGUCCCCUGACCUGUCUCACCGCCCAGGUCCCAGAACUGAACGGUUGUCCGCGGCGCGUGCUGUCCAACACUCUGGACAACAUUGCCUAUGUGAUGCCAGGACUGUGAGGACCAUGGGGUAUCCCCGAUAGUGCCAGGCAGGAAGCGGUACCAUGGCGACGGAGCGUGCCCACCUGACACCUCGAGAGAGGGGGGGGGGGGGGCGUGCAGCCACGGUCCAGCUUUGGAUACGUGUGGACAGUUGUAGUUUUAAAUUUGCUUUUAAUCCCUUGUUUCUUUCUUUUAAAUUUUUUUUUUUAUUGCUGUUUUUUCCAAUUAAACCUAUUUUAGUGAAUAUUUUUAAAUUCCCGUGAAUAACAUUUUUAUUUGUUAAA